AUGCAGUUCCCCGCGCUUCGGAAGGGUUCGGUUCCGGAACGAGCUCAAGUGGCUUUCCUGGCCUUCUCAUCUGACCGAGAGGCCAGCCGAGGUUCUUCUGGGAUUGAGGGGCUGGGUUGCAGGGCUCAGGAGCCCUGGCUGACAGGUCCCAGGCGAGCCCAUACCUUAACUGUGUUGUUCAUCCUCACCUGUGCACUGGGCUAUGUGACUCUCCUGGAAGAAACACCUCAGGACACAGCCUAUAACACCAAGAGAGGUAUUGUGGCCAGUAUUUUGGUUUUCUUAUGUUUUGGAGUCACACAAGCCAAAGAUGGGCCAUUUUCCAGACCUCAUCCAGCUUACUGGCGAUUUUGGCUCUGCGUUAGUGUGGUUUAUGAGCUGUUUCUCAUCUUUAUCCUCUUCCAGACAGUACGUGACGGCCGGCAGUUUCUAAAGUAUGUGGAUGCCAGGCUGGGGAUCCCGUUGCCCGAGAGGGACUAUGGAGGAAACUGCCUCAUCUAUGACCCAGACAACAAGACCGACCCCUUCCACAACAUCUGGGACAAGCUGGACGGCUUUGUUCCUGCACACUUUAUUGGCUGGUACCUAAAGACCCUCAUGAUCCGGGACUGGUGGAUGUGCAUGAUCAUCAGUGUGAUGUUCGAGUUCCUGGAGUAUAGCCUGGAACACCAGCUGCCAAACUUCAGCGAGUGCUGGUGGGACCACUGGGUCAUGGACGUGCUGGUCUGCAACGGGCUCGGUAUCUACUGCGGCAUGAAGACUCUGGAAUGGCUGUCCCUGAAGACGUACAAGUGGCAGGGCCUCUGGAACAUCCCCACCUACAAGGGCAAGAUGAAGCGCAUAGCCUUCCAGUUCACACCCUACAGCUGGGUCCGCUUCGAGUGGAAGCCAGCCUCCAGCCUGCGCCGCUGGCUGGCUGUGUGUGGCAUCAUCCUUGUGUUCCUGCUGGCAGAGCUGAACACCUUCUACCUGAAAUUUGUUCUGUGGAUGCCCCCUGAGCACUACCUGGUCCUGCUGCGGCUGGUCUUCUUUGUGAAUGUAGGCGGUGUGGCCAUGCGAGAGAUCUAUGACUUCAUGGAUGAUUUGAAGCCCCACAAGAAGCUAGGCCAGCAGGCCUGGCUUGUAGCAGCCAUCACGGUCACCGAGCUGCUCAUCGUGGUGAAGUAUGACCCACACACACUCACCCUGUCCCUGCCCUUCUACAUCUCCCAGUGCUGGACACUCGGCUCCAUCCUGGUGCUCACCUGGACCAUCUGGCGCUUCUUCCUGCGGGACAUCACCUUGCGGUACAAGGAGACACGGAGGCAGAAGCAGCAAAGUGACCAGGGCAGGGCAGUCAGCAACAGGGAUGAGCACCCAGGUCUAGACGACGAUCUGCUGGGGCCUGGGGCCCCUGAGAAGGAGGAUGUCACCGAGGAGGGUCCUUCAGCUGCCUCAUGAGCCCCAGCCCUCCCACAGGCCUUGCCUCUUGGGCUCUUGCCCUCCUCCCAUGCUCUGUGACCUGUCCAUCCAAGUGCACAAAUGUGCACCAGUGAGCAUGUGCACAUGUGUGUAGUGUAUCCCUGGCGCCGCUCCAGGGCCAACAGCUGGCCGUGGUGGCCAGGGCUUGCUCUGGAACAGGGUACUGUCUGUCCAUCUGCCUGGCUGGCCAGGACCUUUAUCCACAGAGAGCCCAGUGCCUAGCCUCAGCCGGCUGGGGAAAAACUGCUUGUGCCCCUUCUCCAUGCAGCCUCGCAAGACCUGCUUUUGUGACCACAAGUGGCACAAGUGAAGGAUAGUGUUCUACCAAUGCUGUGGUGGCACUGGGCCUCUUCUUCCAGAGCCUCUGCUGACCAGACUGUCUUGGGUGGAGCAUGGCAGGGCAGAGGUUGCCAGCCAGACACCUUCAGCACAUCAUGCAGAGACUCCAAGACACGGGCUGCAAUCUGGGUGCCUGGGUUGUGUUGUUCCUUACUCCCUGAGUUUAGGGUGUCUCCUUGAGCAGACAGAACAAAUAAAGUAAUGAUGAAGGUCCUCUCAGCCUUCAGCUCUCCUCCCUGCCCUUGAGACAAGGGACCUCGCUGUAGGAGGCAGCUGUGCAGGGUGAAGCCAUUACACAGCCUCAGGCAAAGAGCAGCAGGCCCAGCUGCUGGCCCAGUGUGUGUCCUGGCUGUGUGGCCCAGUAGAGCCUUCCACAGCCCCCACUGUACCCAUGUGUGUCUCUUGUGGGGGACAGGGCUGGUGACUUCUAGGAAGUGCUCAAGGGACAGAAACAGAGAGCAGUGGAGAGAGGAAGCCGUCUUCUCAGUUGGUGGUUUAUUUUAUUCCCAGCUGGUAUUUUUAAAACUUUCAAGAUUUUUCAUUUUUAUGGUUCUGGGGAUUAAACCCAGGAAGUUUUCAGACACAGUGAGAAGAAAGUGCCAUGAUUCCAAGUCUCCCCCACCUGGGUGAGGAUGAGGUCCGCACCAUGGACACAGAGACCUGCUCAGGAAGGGACCAGACCCAGGGCUAGGUACCAGCUGCACCCAUGCACCUGCAGGGCCCAGGCUUCAGAAGCUUCUGGUGUGUAGGUGCUGAGAGCUGAACCCAAGGCCUUGUUCAGGCUAGGUAAGCGUUUCACUCCUGAGCUGACCCCUGAGCCCCUUUCUGCUCAGUACCUAUUUGAGGCCAGAGCAUGCAGUGCACACGAGUCCUCCACCCUGGAGACGGACAGGAUGAGCCUGCUCAAGUAUCGCAGGCCCGGGGUUGCAUUGUCCCCUGCUCAGCAGCACAUUGGGCUCAGAGCUGUCACUGAAGCUCCGUGAGUGCCGUCACCAUCCACUCUGGGGACCUGUGCCAUUUGCUAGGCUCCUGUGACACUCUUCCCCACAGAGGCUGUACUUGACUCGGGGCUCCUAGGGUCACCCUGGUUCCUCUGAGCAGAGGGGUCACGCUUGGAAGCAGAGAGCCUGAGGCACUUUAAAGGGCUUUAUCUCAGACUUGGAGUAUCCCCCUCUCCACCAUAGGGCCUGCUGUGGCCAGUGGCAGGACAAGGCCAGCGGGGCCAGCAGCUCAGAGGCCCAGGGCUCAGGAGUGGCCAAGCCCAGGAGCAGCUGCCCUCAGAUACUACCUUGCAGGGGCUACAGCACAUGCACAGAGAUGUAGCUGGCAGCAAAGCCAAGGAGACCCCCCCCAAGCAAGGGCAGAUUUGGGUCACAAUUCUGAAGGCCAUCAUCCUAGUGUCCAACUCUCAAAUGAUUCAAAUCCCCAAAAUACAAUUCCAGGAAGAAAAAAAAUUUUUUUGGUUCCAGUACCAGGGAUCAAACUUGGAACCUUAUGUUUGU